UCAAAGUAGUAUGACUGGCAAGUGGGUCACGUCAAACACAAACUUUACCCGAGGAUGGCCGCGCUGCAGUUCAUGCUGUUUCUCUACAUCGGACUCCAGAGCUUUGCUCUGAAUGCAGGCGCCUUGCAACCUGUUCCAGAUGCCACGAGAGCCACCGGGGACGUCUGCAAGGACUGCACACAAAUGUUUGAACUCCUUGAGGACCUGCUCUCCAGUGCAGACCUGCAGAAAAAGAUGAUAGAUGGCAUUGAGACUCUGUGUGACCACCUGCCCGGCCCACCCAGCAUGGCCACUCUCUGCAGGAAAGAGGUUGAGAAGAUGCUUCCACUGGCCUUCACCUUCAUAACUGGACUGGUAAAACCAGCGGAGGUCUGCAAACUGAUCGGACUCUGCGGCUCGUCUUGUGACAGACAGGAGAAGAUGCUCGGCUAUUUUGCCGAGCAGGCCCUGCAGGCUGCUGUGACGAGCCAAAAGGGGCGGGCCAAGUCGGCGUGCUCCUUCUGCCUGUUCCUCCUCAAGACGCUGGAGGACCUGCUGCCUAAAGAAAGGACGGAGGCAGAAGUGGUCAAGUUGCUGGAGGAGAUUUGUCACAUUUUGCCCUCUGCAUACCACGACGAGUGCGAGGCCUUCAUAGACAGGUUUGGCAAGACGGUGCUGGACGCAAUCACAAGAUUUGCAACGCCUCGGACCAUCUGCUCCCUCCUCCAUCAGUGCGAGUGGCAGGACGCCGCUGGGGCAGUCUCAGACCCGUGCACUGUGACGACAUACAGGUGCAGAGACGUCUCGACUGCCCUCCGAUGUGGAGACGGGACUGAAAAUAUGAAUCAUCGCCCCUGUGAACGAUCUUUCAACAUCAAACUGUAACAACCUGUCACAGUCUGUACUACUUUCACAUACUGAUUUAGGACCUUACUUUAGAUUUAGAGUAGAUUAAAAGGAAGACAGUGUCUCUGCCUGAAACAUUUUAUAACACAAUUAUAUGAACUUCAGUUGUGAGGAACGUUGCAAGCUUAACAAGAUCAAAAUGUUAAAUGCUUACAUUUAAACAAUGCAUCUGUAAACGUUUCACUUUUUUCCAUUUUUAAUUAGUGUUUCUGGUAAAAUGAAUUGUUCAUCCGCUUUUAUUAAAGAUUUGAGGGAAAUGAUCUCAA